CAGUGAGCCCUGCCACACGCCCCCGCAGCUACUUGGUAUCCCUCUCUAAGAGUAUAACUAUUUGAUGUAUUUUAUCUCCUAGCACGGGCGUGCGGUGGCAAGCUUUGUAGCCGAGCUUUCAUCUGCGUAAAGUUGCCCCGGGUACCCGAGCGGCAACUUUCGUUGCAGCAGGCUCUCUCGGGGCUUUCCAUCGCUUAGGUAGGUCAGCACUACGCUGCCGCUCUCUGUGCUUCAUUGCCCAUCACUGGGGGGUCACUGCUCACAACCCGACUAAUUGGUCUGCAACGCAUAGGUCGCGCGCAAUAUCAAGCAGCCAACCCGACACAUGUCGGUGCCACCGGGCAAGUCAACAUCACAGGCAACGAACGGCAGCAGCAGAGGUGUCCGCAGCAGCGGCGGCGGCGGUGCGGACAAAACUGCUGCUGAGGAUGAUACACUCAACCUCACGCAGGUUGUUGAAGAGCGGGACCUGCUCAAGUCCCGGGUGUUUGAGCUGGAGAACCGCUUGCGAGAGACGGAGGAGGAGCUGGAGUACUACUUCGAGUUCUUCAAGAAGACGAAAAGAGGAGGCCGAGCUUCCGCCGCCGCCACUGCAGCAGGUGGGAGGACUGAUGGGCAGCAGCAGCAGCAGCAGCAACAGCAGCAGCAGCCCGGGAGAAAAAAUAGCGAUGACAGCAGCAGCAGCAGCAGCAGCAGCAGCAGUCACGAUGGAGAGGCUCCUAGCAACGUCAACUACACCGAGCCGUGGUCGAAGACUCUCGGGCGCAACGCGGCUUUGGAGUAUUCGAGGGACAGCCCGAUGUUCCGAAAACGCAUGUGGGCAUUCCAGGAUACGCUCAAGCCGCUGCAGGGGCACACGACAAGGAUUCUAACGCGCACUGAUGAGUACUGCCAGGCGGGGGAGGAAUUCCGUCAGAGGGGCGUUUCCCUUGCGGAGGAGUUGUACAGCAAGGAGGCGUCGAGGGUGAUGUUCAGCAACAACUUCAUCGCGGAGGGGAUAGGAGACCUAGCGGCAAACAUGUUACGCUUUACCACGGCGCUCAAGCAAGUCCACGAACUUGUCGCCCUCCUCGUUGAUAGCGUCAAGUCCGGUCUGGCGGCACCCCUUCACACCUUCAACGAAGGCUUCAGGGAUCUUGACGACCUUGCCGACGAGCUCGACAUCAGAGGUCGCGAGUACGAGAGCACGCUGUCCAAGGCGCUGGACCAGAGGGAGCUGCCGACGGAGGGACCAAUCCACGACAAGGCUGCCAGAGCAAGGUGGAACUUCGAGCUGUUCAGAUUCGACGUGGUUCGCUACAUGAACCAGCUGGACUCGAAGAAGGUGCUCCUCCUGGAGACCGGGAUAAACAACACCUUUUACGCGCUGCUGGCGUUCUUCCAAGGCGGAGGGUCAAUCUGCGGGGAGAUGGAAAAGUCGAUGCGUCGGCGACAGGUGGUGCUGGACGGAAUGAACAAAAGACACGACCGGGAUAACGCCCUGUGGGCCUACGUCCGCUCUCGCCUGGAGGCGGAGUUGCAGGGGGCGUUGCCGCCCCCCGGGGCGCCUCCCGGCGCUCGAGCGCCCGUCAACCCCCGGGCGGCCUGUCCCGUGUACGUGGCGGAGCUCACGACGGAGGUGCUGUCGGCCGCUAGCCAAGAGGCGUCUGCGGUGGACAUGAUGCACUACAAGGACGAGGGCGUGCUCAAGCAGGGGUACCUCAUGAAGAAGCAUGUGUUUGGAUGGAAGGAGCGUUGCUGGUACCGUCUGCAUGCCUCCAAGCUCUACACGUUGGAGCUGAGCAGGGCGGCCGCAGGAGACGUGCCCGUGUGCGUCUUCGACCUCAGCAAGGGGGCCACGGUAGCCAAGAGGCCGGGAAAGAUUCCGUUCUGCUUCCUUCUCGUCGGGGAUGACGGCUACAGGCUAGAGCUGCAGGCCGAGAGCGAAGACGAGAUGCUCAGAUGGAUGGCGGCGAUGCGGAGGUGUCAACGGAUAGAGGAUUCCUCUCCCCGGGGUUCCACUGAUCUGCUGGGCACCGCGGACGGAAGAGCAGGGGGAGGGCGGAAAACGAUCGGGCUUCGAGCAGAAGCCCUGAUGGAUCGGUUUAGAAAAGAAAAUCCGUGCUGCGCCGAGUGCGGGAGUUCGAGCAUCGAGUGGGCCUCCGUGAACAUCGGGAUCACGCUGUGCGAGGCGUGCGCGACCGUCCACAGGGCGCUGGGCAGCUCGGUCAGCACGCUGCGGUCCUUGAAGCUGGACCCGUGGAGUGUUUUCGUCCUCCAGUCGCUGGUGGAAGACCUGGGAAACGAGAGGGCGCGGCGCGUGUGGGAGUUCAACGUCUCCCCGGGGUGGACCAAACCGACGCCGGACUCGGGAGCCCAACACAGAGAGCAGUGGAUCAUCGCCAAGUAUCGGUGGUACGGCUUCGUCGGGAACGACACCGGAGAUCCCCCCCUUGUGUCCAAGGCCAUGAUACACGCGGCCGCUCGGGGCGACGUGGAGAUGGUAGUGUGGUGCAUCGCGCAUAAGGGAGAGGUGAACUGGUCGGAUCCCGACGAGAAAAGUGGCCGCACUCCCCUGCACGCGGCCUGCGAGGCUGACAGGAGGCGCGCUGUCGCGAUCCUUCUGCUCAACGGGGCGAACAUGUAUGCCAAGAAUGCGCGUGGCGUGAGCUCUCAAGACCUUGUCAACCAAGACCCCUACUCUGAUCUCGCACGCGUGUUGGCGGAGAAAGAGAGGGGGGACCUGUGGUGAAGUCUCGAACUACCACUGCUGCUGCUGCUGAAGGCGAAAUACGUGUAGAAGGCGGUGUCCAGUGCCAACGCAUGUUUCGGUUUUCAACAGUUCCUGUUAUUCCGAGGGUAUGGAUCAAGGACUCCUACCGUGCUUGUUUUCGGCCAGCGAGUGCCGGUGUAGCGACCGACGGCGGGAAUCGGAUGGAUGUCUGGUGUGCAAUCGUCGGUGGUGACUGGAUGUUGUCGAUCCCAGGCGGAGGAAAACGUGGGGGAGUGAUGCCACGGUAGGGAGGUCACCUGUGCUUAUACGAAGGAGAGAGGCCAUAUUUUACCUGUUGGCAGCGCCCUGUUUCGCCGUGCCAUCACCGAAACAGGACCACCGCGCGUGUUUCCCCGAAGGUGUGAGAUUUCACCACAAGAAGGUACGUACUGUCGUGGGUGUCGGUUCACGUUCAUUACGGCGCAGCUAUGGAGGACCAGUAGUACAGUAGAAGUCCCUAUUUGCUGACGGGGUGUGCACAAAAAAUUCACCGGCACCAUACCGGGCACCGGCACUAUUCUUCAGAGUGGCUGCAUAGCGCCAACGUGGCACUAUUCAAGGUCUGAAAAUCCCUCAAUAGUGCCAGACCGGCACUUUUGACGAACUGUGUGAUGGUAGAGUGCAGCGCUUUGCUUUGCGGGGCCAACAGAGUACCACAUGAAACGUAUAUGGUGAGAUCAUGGCAUGGGCGUCGAGGGCAAACUGCUGCGCCACGAUAGGGGUGGUUCCUGCCCUGUCGAACACACAUAUGUUGCUUAAUAAAGAUAACUGGACGGGACACACAUGCUGCACCUUGUUGCUGUACCCACCUCAGCNGGGCGUCGAGGGCAAACUGCUGCGCCACGAUAGGGGUGGUUCCUGCCCUGUCGAACACACAUAUGUUGCUUAAUAAAGAUAACUGGACGGGACACACAUGCUGCACCUUGUUGCUGUACCCACCUCAGCGCACGUGCUGCACACUUGCACAACCUGACUUAAAACCAUUCACAUGAAUAUCGCAAAGGAUGCACCUCAUGAUGUCCAAUAUUUUGUUGGCAAGAAUGCCGUGGUACUGGCCUUAAACGGAUCAAACAAAUUUCGCGCAACCUCAACAUCACUCCUCGACAGCGAAAGCAAACCACUGAUCAUGAAGCGCAUGGAUUUUUGGCGGUAACAUUUUUGCUAAACUCCUGCUGGCACAACCUGUUGAUGAAGGAGGAAGCCAAAUCUGUCUCCUCCCCUCCUUCGAUGUAGCCAGAACAAGAACGGGACAAUCAAGACUUAGAACAUCCGCUGCAGCUGUAACCCCCGCCCAAACUACGUCGAGAUAAAUUCCCACAUGUCUUUCUGGCGAGCCCGCUUUGCGGUAUGCGCUGCGAUCAUCGCCAUCCUCGCUUUCGACGGGUGGUACACGGCGUCUCCGUUGCCACUCUCCUCCGCUGCCGCCUCUAGGUACCCGAAGUGAGACGACAGUUCAGCGUAACCCGGUGGGGCACGCCGCCCGCGGCCUGCGUUUUCAUCGUCGCUACCCCCCUCCUCUUCGUCGUCCUCUUCUUCGUCCUCCUCCUCUGACCCGGGAGACACGUGCGACCCAGCUACCUGUGCCGUCAUGUCGUCCACCGCGUCCUGCCGAAAGCUACUACCACUUCAUCGUCGUCCUCAAUAGUAGCCCCAAGCUUGGCCUGAAGCGUGUUCACCGCGUUCCCCACGGCAGCCUUUCCGGGUUCAAUGUUAAGUUCCGCCAGCAGCUCACACAGCUCCUCGUCUUGAGUGCUGGAUCCCUGCUGCUGCGCCUCUAGCACGCUCGUGCUCAAUGUGUUGAGACUCCUCGUGAGAGCCUUCAUCUCAGGCUCGGCGAUCCGGUCUCGGGCCUUUCCGUGUGGCUCGGUGAGUUCAGCUGCCAUCUCCGC